AUGACAAAUAGAGCCUCUCUAUCAGUUGUUAGAGAAGAAAAACUUGCGGUGUUAAUUUAUAAUUUUGAUGUGUUUCCGCGACAGAGGAAGGUAUGGCUGAGCAAUAAGAUCGAUGAUGCGAAAGAGGUGUCUUGGACAAAAUUCUUAGUGGAUGUUAACAAAUUUUGGUUACAAAGAUAUUUCGAAGGGAUGAGUUUUAUGGUGGACGAAAAGAAUAAAGUGGUAGUCUGUUGUAGUGAAGGCAUCAGCGUGGCAGGUGGUGAAUAUAUUUAUAAGGUUGGAGAAGAUUUUCUUAGACAAGUUUAUAAAGAGAGGAUUUGUUUUACUUGGGUACGCCCAUGUCUCCUUAUUUAUGUUCCAAGUUUGGCUCACAUCCCCAAGUCAAAAGAAGAAGAAAAGCGAGGAGGUUAG